AUGAAUUUGUCUGUAAUCUUUUACUGAGAAGCAUCACCUACACUAUACGGUCUUCGUAACACUCCCGAUAAGUCAAAAAAAAACCAUAAUUUACUAAUCGAAGACAAGAAUAAGGAAAAUUUGUUAGUAGAUCAAUUUUUAUAUUCUUAGUCCUUGCUAAAAAGAAGAAAAUAAUUUUUGAGGUGCAAUUCCAGUUCCUAAGCUGAAAAGUAACUUUCGUUUAAAAGCACAAAGGCUUGCAGCAAUUUGUGUAUAAUUCACACGACUAUCGUUUGGAGUUUCGUAUUUAUUUUGUAUAAAUUCAAUAUAAUGUGUGCUUUAAUAUAAGAAUGGCUUGUCGAGUGCUUCUACUGUUCAUCUCGUUACUACUAUUGUCGGGCUCGUUUUUUAAAAUUACGGAAGGAUCACCAACAUUGGGAGACUUUAAAGACUGUUUAUCUACUAAUAGAAAGCACGAUGUCCCGUCCUUCACCCCUUACGCGCUGGUAAAACAUUUCAACCGGCGAAAUCGACAUUACUAUAUUCAAGUGAUGGGUAAUCUUUCUGAGAAAAUAACCGUAGUUGGAGGGUCCGGUGAAGAUGUCCAUGCGGCUACCAUUUACUCUGAAACAUAUGCGUUGGGAUCGCUUGUCUCAAGCAAGUCUACAAAACUAUGUGACGCAGUUAUGGAUGCGCAUAGCUUUGGAGUACCCAUCAAAUGUCCCUGGCCUGCCGGAAAUGUUUCCUUUAUGAUUGACAUUCCCUUUGGGUCGACUGUUCUUGAUUACUCAAAGUAUGAACUUACGUCCCUAACGAAUAGGCUGAUUAUUGUAGAUGGGACUCCUGAAAGGAACGUGAUAGCUUGUGUUACGUUUGAUUUGUCGAUUGUACUUAGUUAUUUCUAUCCUGUGAUUGCAUAUACCUCGUUAAUUUGUUUUACUUUUGUGUCUUUUUCAAUCGUUUUUGCUCUUUUUCUUAACCCAUGGACCGGGAGUCUUGACCCUUUCAGAGCGUUGUUCAAUUUUAGUAUGGACCCUGAUGCUCUCCGUCUAACUGCGCUCGGAUUUUCCGAUUUAAUUGGAUAUAUGCAAUUUGCCGUAUCGACGUCUCAAUUGAAUGUUGCAUUUCCAAAAUUUUAUAUAAAUCUGAUGGCUGCUGUAUCAUGGAGUACUGUACUUUUUCGAUUUCCCAUCUUUUCUCAAAAUGCAAACUAUCAGUUUGCAGAUUAUACAGAUUUAGCAAACGUAAAUAGAGUUGCGUAUGAAGAAUUCAUUCCGAAUAAAUACGGUAUGGCUUCUUUCCUUGAUUCCUUAGGAACCAGACAAUCUUGUUGGAUUCCGUUUUUAAUAGUAGGGGCUGUGUAUUUCGGCGCGGCAUUGUUACUGGCUCUUUUGAUUAUUCUUUUAAAGUGGCUUAUGUCAAAAAUGUUUCACGAUACAAUUGUGGAAACACGCUGGGACACGUGGAGUUUUAUUGGUGGGUUUUUUAUUCGACUUUAUUUUUUAGCAUAUUUUCCCAUCAUAACGUACAUGUCAUAUCAAUUUGUCGUGGAACCAAGUGGGUAUGAAAUUAUACCGGUUCUGAUCUUCAUAUUUCUAGGUAUCUUCUUCCCUGGAUGUUUAUACUUAUUUUUGUCAUUUGUUGAGCCGGUAUCAAAACUUUUUGAAGAUCAGACUUAUCUACACCUGUACGGGUCCAUUUACAAUUCGUAUAGAGAGAAGAGGUUGAUGUUUUGGGUGUUUCCUAUUGUGAGUCAAUUCAUACGUGGUAUAACUGUUGGUGUCCUUGGUGUCUCCGGAUCAGCACAAGUCGCAAUUUAUUUCCUUUUAGAAAUAACGAAUAUACUAGCAUAUUCGAUAUUUCGACCACAUUAUCCACAGACAAAUAUGAAUGUACUAAGCUGUUACUUAUCUAUUAUUCGUUUGAUUAUAGUAGCCUUAAUGAUGCCUCUAGUACAUCCGCGAUCUACGAUGAAUGGUCAAGAUAAGUUGCUGACUUAUGCAAUCCUUUUCGUACACGGAUUUGUUUAUGUUAUGUUCUUCUUAAUAUCAACACAGCGAUUUUUUGAAAUCACUGCACGGCUAUUAGGAGCUAAUAGUGAACGAAAAGGUGUUCCUUUGGAUAGACCUUUUGGAUGGGCUCGUGUUUUUGGCAUCAAUGAGUUGAAACGUCGCCGUCGUAAAAAUCCUUAUGAAAAUAGUUUGGUAGCACACUCUACUAUGGAUAAUACUGAUCGUUCGUUCAAUGGCAACUCCAUUCCUCUGACUCCUAUUACCCCAGCAUCCAAAGACGAAUCCCUCAAUCUCACAAUUCAAACGAGUGGAAUUGGGCUUUUGGGUUCGGAAAUGGAUCCUCAGAGUAUGGGUCAGAUGAGUACUUUGAACGUAGAGUCACCUAUUUCUCCAGUAUCACCGUUUAAUGAUACAGGAGGGUAUUCGUACUAUCGACCUCCCAAAGUGAAUCGAUCUGUCCGACAGAGAGAUAGGGAUCAAUUAAGGACGCUACAAUUAGAUUUCUUAAAUGAUAAACCGAGCUUGUUUGCGCAUGAUACGAAUUAUGCGGUUCGCGAAGCUGAUGUGUAUCAUCCCCAGGUCGAUGUUGAUGUUGACUCGUUAUCGCAAUUGUCGAUGCGUAUGAAUCGCAGUAAACCGGAACUGAGCGAUCCUGUUCCAACCGGUAAAGUCACAAAAACGUGGCAUGUUAUCAAAAACUUUCUACAACGGGCUAGAGAUCCACUUGGACAAAAAGAGAAAAACAAGGAAAAAGGAUUCGUUGUUGUCAGAUCGGCUAGGCGAAUGCAACCGCCUCAAAAGCAACCUACCAUUUCCGACGAACAUGGAAGUGAAGAAAACAAAAUGACUUCUUCCACGGAGACUCAAAAUUUAAAGCCGUAAUGGAGGGCGUCUCUCCAUCUAUCAUGAGACGUUAUUAUUGAUGUAUAUCUUUGACAUGUAUUUAUUAUUUUUUGUUUCUAGACAUGUUCAUUGUUGUUAUAAUACUUUGCCGUCGUUUGCCGUUUCCAUGUUACCCCGUUCGUUUUUAUUUUUAUUAAUUUUUUUUUUUUUUUUUGAUUUGGAUAUUCCUGAAACCGUAUAUGAGUAUUCACUUUCUUUGCCCUUUCCUUCCUUCUAACUUUCUUUCUUUCCACCUUUUUUGGUUGAAUCAAUGCCUUUUUAGCAAAAGGUAUGUAUGAGUUGUCCAACCUUUACAAUCGUUUUUAAGAUUAUUGUAUUUAAUCCCUAUAAUUUAUUUAUUAAUUUCUAAAAACUUUUUCCCUUUCAUGCAAUAUAGCUUGCAACUGUCAGAACCCGCGCAUACUAUUAUAAUGUAUACUUA